AUUUAAAGGCUGAAGGAAAUGUCCCAGUUUCCGUCUACUUCCUCUGCCGAUUUAGUUUCAGAUUCCAAUGGAGCCGCACUCCAAUCUCUCAACUCCGAACUCCACAGCAAACUGAUCUCUGCCUUCAUCAAUAUUCAAGACUAUGAGCAGUGCAGGCACACUCAGGCCAGGCGUAUUUUCUCCUUGGAGGCAACGGUCCGAGCUCAAACCCAGGAGCUCAAACAGCUCAAGGCAGAGGUGCAAGCUCUCCGUCAGCCGAAUAGUCCCGUGUCAAAAGUCAACAUGAACUCUCCGGAAUCUGGGAUCUCAUCCAGCUCACCGAGCUCGUCGACGUGUCUGGAGAAGUCCUCGGAGGAGCCAGAAGACCUCGAUGCCGUUGUAUAUGAGAAAGACGUUCUGGUCCCGAAAGCCGGCAGAAGCUUCCGAUCCUUCGCUGACGCCAAGAAGUUCUGGGAGGAGCAUCACAAUGAGCCGAUCUUGCUGCCAAAUGAUCCAGAGACUGAUCUGCGCUGCUGCCUCUUCGACCCAGAAAUCCCUCACGUACCGCAGUUCAAGAAGCGACCCGCUAAUGGAUACAGUUUGUACCAGAAUCAGAGAAAGUCUGAAGAAGGUCGCUAUGAACCUUGGCUUAGAUUGAGUAAAAAGAAAAAGGAAAUUUGGGCUGAAAUGGGGAAGAAAGUGAGAGCCGAGCAGAAUAGGCAAGCCGAGAAUGGCUUGAUCCAUUUCAAGGGCCUGAUCGGAAAAGUGAAUAUCAAACAGGAGCCCGAAGAUUAUGAAGAAUAAGCCCAAUUUUUAUUUAUGUAUCAGUUGAUAAUAUGAUCUCAAGUAAUUCCAAUAUUCGAUUAUUUUUGACUAUUUCCCUUCUGUUCCUCAUAUUUCAUUUAUUGGUUAAUUUACAUAUCUCAUAUUUGUUAUCAAUAAAUUGAAUUCAUUACC